CACUUCUGAGACUGAUAAGAGAAGAUGUUGCACAAAAGUUCCCCACAUUUACCAGUGAACUCUGCGUCCUCAUCUGCUUUUACCUGCAGGAUCGUCCAGGUUUGACAGGAAUUAGGAAGCAACUACGCAAAAGACACAAUGACAGACAAAGAAGAUCUCAAAAAAGAAAAAAAGGGCAAAGGAAAGAGCAAAGUGGUGUGUGGUUACCCCAUCAGCAUUUUCUUCAUAGUUGUGAAUGAGUUCUGUGAGAGGUUCUCCUACUAUGGAAUGCGAGCUGUACUGGUGCUGUACUUUAAGUACUUCUUGCAGUGGGACGAUGACCUGGCCACAUCCAUAUACCACACAUUUGUGGCCCUCUGCUACCUCACGCCCAUCCUGGGGGCCAUCGUGGCUGAUUCCUGGCUUGGAAAAUUCAAGACUAUCAUCUAUCUGUCCGUCGUCUAUGCCAUUGGCCAAGUGGCGCUGGCAGUCAGUGCGAUCCAUGAUAUCACUGAUUCAGACAGAGAUGGGACGCCAAACAACAUGACCUUUCAUGUUGUUCUAUCCAUGGUGGGUCUCUUCCUCAUCGCUCUGGGAACUGGUGGCAUCAAGCCGUGCGUGUCAGCUUUCGGUGGAGACCAGUUCGCUGAUCACCAGGAAAGGCAAAGGAGAACGUUCUUCUCUGUUUUCUACCUUUGCAUCAAUGGAGGCAGUCUCCUGUCAACCAUCAUUACUCCGAUCCUCAGAGGUCAAACCUGUGGCAUCCACACUCAGCAGAAGUGCUAUGCUCUGGCCUUCGGGGUCCCUGCUGCCCUCAUGGUUGUUUCUCUCGUGGUGUUUAUCAUGGGGAGCGGGAUGUACUACAAAGCUAAACCAGAGGGAAACAUCAUGAUGUCUGUGUGUAAAUGCAUUGGGUUUGCCAUUAAAAACCGCUACAGGCACAGAAGCAAGGCACACCCCAAGAGAGAACACUGGAUGGACUGGGCAGAGGAGAAAUAUGAUAAACUCCUUAUUGCUCAAAUCAAGAUGGUGCUGAAGGUCCUGUUUUUGUACAUCCCACUGCCCAUGUUCUGGACCUUGUUUGAUCAGAAGGGUUCUAGGUGGACUCUUCAGGCCACCACAAUGGAUGGAAAUUUUGGACAACUUGUUAUACAGCCCGAUCAGAUGCAAACUUUCAAUCCCAUCCUGAUCCUGACUUUGGUUCCUGUCAUGGAAAGUGUGAUUUACCCCCUGAUCAAGAAAUGUGGCUUCAACUUCACACCUCUGAAACGAAUGACAGUGGGAAUGUUUUUGGCGGCUCUUGCUUUUGUCUGCGCUGGUGUGGUCCAGCUUCAAAUAGAUAAAACAUUACCCGUCUUCCCCUCCACUUCCCAAAGUCAGCUGAAAUUACUCAACAUGGGGAACAAGGAACUCGCGGUCCAGUUGCCAGAUAAUGUUUUGGAGAAUCUUCCUCCAGCUCAAGCCAAUGAGGAAUACUUCACAUUUACCGAAGAGGAAGUUAGCAUUUCAAUAGUCACCCCACCAUUGACAAAAACUAUUGCCUUAACCAAAGGACUACGACAAACGCUGCUUAUUCCCUCAGACAUCAACCAAGAAUGGGUGCUGAUUGAUGAUUUAACCUCCAAGCCAGAAGAGGGAAACAAUGCAAUCCGAUUUGUGAAUGGACUGGCCAAAGACCUUAACGUCUCGACUUCUGCAGAGGACUUUGGAAUAAUUGAGCCAUUCAUGUCUUCAAACUACUCACUGUUGAGAAAUGGACAACACACCUUCAGCUUGAUGAGUGGCUCACAGUCAUGUGAAUACACCAGAAAAUUUGGAUUUGGGAGUUCCUACACUUUCUUCAUUCCCAGCACUUUCACUUUCGGACCAAAUUGUCAGGAAUCUAUCACAGAAGUUGAGGAAAUACAGCCCAACACGGUCCACAUGGCCCUCCAGGUCCCUCAGUACUUUCUAAUCACUGCAGGUGAAGUGAUGUUUUCCGUCACCGGUUUGGAGUUCUCGUACUCACAGGCCCCCAGUAACAUGAAGGCAGUGCUGCAGGCGGGCUGGCUGCUGACGGUUGCCGUCGGUAACUUUAUCGUUCUGAUUGUAGCAGAGAUCGCAAAGCUUCCUAAAAAGUGGGCAGAGUUCUUCCUUUUUGCUUCCCUGCUGGUGGCGGUCUGCGUCAUCUUCUCCAUUAUGGCUUAUUUCUACACCUACAUCGACCCCACGGAGAUCGAAGCUCAGUUCACGGAAAAGAAGGAAGAGAAGGACGAGGAGGAGGAAAAAGAUGAGAUGAAGAAAAUCGAAGUGCAGAUGAUGAAAAGAGACUCCAUUAAAAGUAAUGACAGUGACGACGGAUUCAAACAAUCAAAAAUGUGAAAAGCAGAACCCCACCAUCCAAAAUCUGAAAAUAUAUAAUAUUGGCAAUAUAUUUGUUUAAAUUAUCUUUAACUUUGAUGAACAAAAGCAUCACGAGUGAAAAAUCUAGUUGUCCAUUUAUUUUAUUGCUGAAUUGAAUAUUUUUGUAUUCCUACUAAGGUGUGUUGAGGAAAGCAAUUAGUUUUUUAUCCCAGCUGUGGUACUUUUUGACAUUAAAUUUACUUCAAUUACUACUCCAGCAUGCCUGCUGUUUUAAAAUUAAUUUGUCAUGAAGUUUCUACAAAUUCCUUGAGUUGAAUUUGUUUUAGUCUUUCUUUGUUUUCCCUUUCCCUUCCUGACUGUGUCCACAGGCCUCCCUGAAUCAGCAUUUGUAUAUAUGUUCAUCAUUUUUCCGCUUUCUUUCUCCUUAUUAUUUCUAGAGCCUAAUAGGUUUUCCUCUCUUGUGCUCUGAAUUUAUCUGUAAAUAAAAACUUUUUUGCACAGUU